GGUGAGCGUGAUGCCCUGGACUCCAUGAUAAAGAGAGAAGAAGCAGCAGGCCCCAGUGAGAAGCCUGAUGAGGAGCCCGAAGACUACGCCUCAAGCGCUUCGUCUUGGGCGCCCAGCGACGAUGGAGCCCAAUCUGGAGAUUCCGGUACUGAGAUGACCGACAAAAAAGUCAAAUUAGAUCGUUCCAGACGUCAGUAUACCAACAGACGAUCCAGUAAAAAGGUGAUAGUUCCCCGUCACAGAGCCAACCCUGUUAUACCAAAGAUGAUGAAGCAUGCCAACCUGAUAAACCGUAAAAGACAACACAACGGUACUCCAAAAGCAAUAGCUAUGCAAUCUAUGAACAAAUCUUCUCCGGACUCAACGAGGAAGAAUCUACAGAAGGGAAAUCCUCAAAAUGUAUCCAUCGAUGUACGUGAACUUAUCAAAAUAAAGAACAGCUUUAAAACAUUGUUCAAAAUGCUUGAGGAUAUGAAACGACCAGUAUCAAUGCUGGAUCAGACUUCAAAUGAAACUGUUACAGAAAAAAUAAACAAUACAAGCCAAUUUAAUCAAUCGAUGGAAGAAGAUAAAGAAGAAAUGAGCGAACAUGAAGAUUUCAAUCGCUCAGAUGAUAAUGUUCUUAUUACUAAUAAGUACAAUAAUGUUAAGGUGACAACAGCUAAAAACACAGGUCCGAAGGAUGAUGAAUGGGUACCGAUUGGGAGUGGAAAAACCUUGAUACAUAAAGACCAGUUCGUAAAGGUCAAUUGGAAAUCUUAUACGAUUGCUACGCGAACACUCCUCUUAGCUGUAUUUCCAAGAAGGAUACUGGCAACCCAUUCACUAACCGGGAAGAGAUCGCCAGCCUUCCAGGACAAGCCGGCUAAGAUGUGCUUGGACCCGAAGAUAAUAUCCGAUGUUAUAAUGGAAAUUAUGGACAGAUUUAAUGUGAGGGAAAAUCUAGUCAGAAGUAUUAUAACGACCAAAUGCGCUGACGAAUGUAAGAUGUGGAAGAAUAAAGUGAACAAGAAGAAACCUCGCAAUCAAGAGAACAUCCCGCCUUCCUCAAACAGUAUUAUAAAAGGGGAAAAAACUGAGAGUUGAAGGAUGGUACCUAAAUAAUGUUGAGUGAAUUGGCUGUGACUUUCUUUAGUUAUAGGGAAUAAUGUCCUUGUGAUGCUUACACACUUGUAAUGCAUCAGUUUUGUAAUAUAA